GUGUAGAACUCUAGGACGAGGCCCGUACGUGUAUCAUGAGCUUCUUGGAAUGCUUCUUUUACACGUUUUAUAAUACAUCAGUUCAGUUUAUUAUUCUCAACCUCCUGAUCUCUCUUACUAGUCUUAGUUACCGGCCGUACUGAGUCUGUCCGAAGUAGUGGAAGUCCUGAUCCUGAAACUCAGACAAAAUAAAAGUCCAAGUAAAGAAGCGCUGUGCAAGGAGGUAUCUUGUGCCAACACUGUGACUCAUGCAGGACAUUUGAGAAGCUAGAAUAUACUCAGCCCAGCCUGGCGGAACACAAGAAUAAGGUGUGAACUAACUUGAUACUUGUUGAUACCAACGCCCCCCGCGAGGCUGGUGCCUGUUUGUCACAGUAUGACUAUGAGGGCAUGUAGGGAGCAAGGCGAAGCUGGGAGUCUGUCCCAAAAGCCAGCGGAGGAGCCAAGCUCCGGAGGUGAGACUAGCGCCUGUGCCAGCCGGGCAAACGCUGCGCACGCUACCAUGUCGAGGCAGUUUCCGCACCAUCUGCUUUAUCUCAGACGCGCCCAAGUACACCAGGUACACCGUGUUACUAGUGUUAGCGUAUGGUGGCUAGUUCCGACUCUGUUCCUGCUCUACGUGCCUAUGCUGACUGGUGCACAGUCACAGCCAACAUAUCCUCAGGGCCUAAUAGUAAUACUACGUUACUGUAGCGCACUUCUGGAUCUAUACUGUCCCCUGGAAGUCAUACAAGCGACAUUCACUAGAGAUGGGGUAGGAGUGCAACAGAUGGUCACGCCUCUGCGCAUGUGGAACGCAUAUUAUGGAAACAAACACUUUAUAGUAUUAGGCUGCAAUGAUGUACAGCAUUGCAAGAUCGAUAACUGCAGUGGAAGACUAUCCAGAUUUGGACAAGUCACACUGUUUGCUAUCGACGGAAGCACUAAUCUGGGAUUCAUCCCUCAAUAUCCAUCGCGGUGCCGAUUCCAAACUUGCCUAACACCCAACUGUCAUGGCGGGAUUGGAUCUGUUACAGCCGAUUUCAUUGACAUGAAGAUUAGUCUUCGUACGACACUCAAGGAUAAGGUGGCGCAUAUCAACCUGACAUGGCAGCAGCCCUUGGAGCAGGCAAUUCUUGAGAGCCUGCAGAUUGUCGGCGUAACGCCUGACAACACCACGGUUAAUUCCGUGGAUAACCAGACGGCCUCCAUCGAGUUGCAUAAUAUCUGUAACUCACAGAUCCAUGCUGUCUCUAUGAGCUACAUACGUUCAGGAACAGUCGUCACAAGCAUCCUGGAGUUCACAUUACCGGCGUGUUCACCGGAUACACCAAGCACAGGUACACCGGUAACAGAGAAAACUACAGACUCAACUACUGCGAUAGCUGGCAGGACUUCACGAAGAAUAGCAACAACUUUCCAGACAAGUACACCUCCUCACACAGAUACAUCUCAGCUGCACGUGACAGGCCUCAUAGUAGGCCUGCUUUGUGGUAUUGCCGUUCUCAUUCUGCUUAUCAUCAUUAUUAGAAGAUUCACGAGACCUGUUGAUGAUCCCCCUGUUGAUGAUCCCCCUGCACCGGGACAUGAUGCUAUGGACGAUCUCCCUGCACCGGGACAUGAUGCUAUGGACGAUUCCCCUGCACCGGAACAUGAUGCUAUGGACGCGGAUGAUGCUAUGGGCGAUCCCCCUGCACUAGAACAUGCUAUGGAUGAUCUCCCUGUACCAGGGCAUGGUAUGGACGGUUCAAGUAUAAUGGUGCAAGCUGUUGGUGGUCCGCUUUCACCGGUGCAGGCAGUACAAGCUACUGAAGAUAGUAGCGUACCCAAUAGAGUUGGCAAAGCUCCACAUUCUGCCUUUUUGAAUAAUGCACAAGCUGAGCACUGAGCAGUCUCCACUAAUCCACAAAAUGCUUCAGGACACAGCAUUACAGAUCCCACCACGCAAUAUUGAGCCAAUGCAUUGGAAAUUGGAUAGGAGUAUUGAACAAUCAUCACCGCAACACCUCUCGCUGUAACCGAAUUAUUGCCACGACAGCAGCCGUGAUAACGACAUCUUCUCCCACGGAAAAUACUUCGUGGAAGUAUCCCCAGCUCUAGCACCACCAAAGCCAGUUGCAGUAUGCAGUGUACACAUGUCUGCAGUGUACCCCCCCCCCCCCCCCCCCGGGAGUUGAACAAUAUUGACUUGAACUGGUCAGAUGGUUCCUUGAAGUGUUCCGUGCCUUGCCGUUGCUCCCAUUACAUUUGUUUGUGUAUAUAAUGUGUGUAUAUGUGUGUGCUGGCAUGUAUGUGCAUGUGUGUGUGUGCUGGCAUGUAUGUGCAUGUGUGUGUGUGUGUGUGUGUGUGUGUACGUGUGUGCAUGUGUAUGUGUGUGCAUGCGUGCAGGUGUGUGUAUUGCUUUACUACCACUGGCUACCAUUUCCCUGGAUAUGUGUUAGUGAUCAAGACCUGGCCGGUUAUGAGUGUAAACCUAUUUCUUUGAGAGAAUGUGUACGCGGAAGGCGGCCAGUAGUCGGCUGCAUGAGGUGAUGGCUUUAUUAGACUAUGUUUUGACAAUUGUAAGCUGAUAUUUAUAAUAUCAUGUCCCCAUCCAUACCGGGCAUACUAGCAAGGUUAACCAUACUAGACCUGACUAUCAGCAUUGCUGGUGUAUUGAUUUCGGUCACACUCGCCAGGCCGGUAUGCACACCAUGGCAGCAGGCUAUGGGGAGCUGUCUCGAUAGCUAUACUAGCCACAAUGUUAUCAUUUCUAUUUCCAAUGAUUCUCCCGGACUGGGUGCCACUCAGCAGAGAAAACUGAUUUUCCCGGACUGGGUGCCACUCAGCAGAGAAAACUGAUGUCUCUCCUUUUCUUUGCUUUGGAAUGCCAUCCGAUUAUGGCAGGUGUGGUGUAGCUAUUGGCAUGCUAUAACCCUGACGUUGAGCCUAGCAGCUGCUGAUACUGCUCAAUGUUAUUCUGGACCGCUAUCAUGCUUUGCCUUCCCUCUAAUCCCUACAUUGUGAGUUGUGAAUUUCAAUUUUAAUUAUAUUCUCCAACCACUGCUGUAUGCAUAAACCGUGAGCAAUGUCAUCAUACCAUUAUUUCAUGUCGCAUGCAGCUGGUGACAAUGCUUCUACAGUACAAUGCUUCUCAACUCAACAAGCCCAACCGUGCAAUCUGUCUCA